AUGAACUGGCACAUGAUAAUCUCUGUGCUUGUCAUAGUGGUGCUUAAAAUUGUUGGAAUGACCUUAUUUCUGCUUUAUUUCCCACAGAAUUUUGGAGAAAGUCACGUCAACUUCCUUCCCAGAGAGAGCUAUGGAACAGUUCCUCAGACUAUCGGGAGCAGUAAUGUCAGCUUAGUUCCCACAGAGAGCUCCGGAACAGUCUGCUCCAGAGGGUGGUAUUUUCAUCGAAGAAGAUGCUUUUUAUUGUCCCCUUUUGAACUGUCCUGGAACAAAAGCAGGGACUUUUGCAAAACAGAAGGAUCCACUUUGGCCAUUGUGGACACACCAGGGAAACUGAAAUUUCUCCAGGACAAAACUGGUGCUGAGAAGUAUUUUAUUGGCUUAUACCAGCAAGCAAAGAACAGUUGGCAUUGGAUUGACAACUCCAUAUUCAAUGGCAAUGUUACCAAUCAACAUCAGAAUUUCAACUGUGUGACGAUAGGCCUAACAAAGACAUACGAUGCGGCACCGUGUGACAUCAACUUCCGCUGGAUCUGUGAGAAGGCAGCCAAAUGA